CGCACGAUCCUAUAGCCUACGCGCGCGUCCCACCCGUGGGUCGUGCGCGCCGCGGUUCCUGCGGAAUUCAGGGGUCUGUGGUCGGACGGACGACUCUCGCAUAGCGAAUAAUGAACAACAAAUUUGACGCUCUUAAAGAUGAUGACAGUGGGGACCACGAUCAGGACCAAGGCUCACAGAAAGACUGUGAGAAGGAAAAAAAUGGCAAUGACGACAAGGACCAAAACACUGCCAAGAAGAAGAUUGCUGUUCCAGGAGUAGGGGAGCACCCCCUCCAGUAUAACUACUCUUUCUGGUACUCCAGACGCACCCCUGGCCGCCCUGCCAGCACCCAGAGCUAUGAAUCCAACAUCAGACAGAUUGGCAGCUUUGCCUCGGUGGAGCAGUUCUGGCGAUUCUACAGUCACAUGAUACGUCCUGGCGACCUGACGGGCCACAGCGACUUCCACCUUUUCAAGGAGGGCAUAAAACCCAUGUGGGAGGACGAUGCUAAUAAGCAAGGUGGGAAGUGGAUCAUCCGACUGAGGAAGGGGCUGGCGUCUCGCUGCUGGGAGAACCUGAUCCUGGCCAUGCUGGGGGAACAGUUCAUGGUGGGGGAGGAGAUAUGUGGCGCUGUGGUGUCUGUACGCUUCCAGGAGGACAUCAUCUCCAUCUGGAACAAAACAGCCAGUGACCAGGCCACCACAGCCCGGAUAAGAGACACUCUACGCAGGGUCCUCAACCUGCCCCCAAACACCAUCAUGGAGUACAAGACACACACCGACAGCAUUAAGGCCUGGGAGGACUUCCAUGGGUUGGUCAACCCUGCUGGUGGUCGCUAGUGACCUUCCAAGGCUUUGUGUGUCUUGCGGCUGAAGUCUGGAGGAAAAAUAACUGUAAGGACCAGCACUGUUUCACACGGAAAGAGAGAUUUAAUUUAACUGAAAAGAAAAUGUAUUCCACCGAACAAAGAACCAAGCUGUUGGUUGGGCAAAGAAGACGACAAACAAGCGGAUGUGCCUGUCAAUCAGAUGCACCAUGAGUGGAUGUCUGUCUAUGAGCUGCACUGUCCCUCAACUGCCACCAGGUGGAGACUGUGUGACGAGCUGUUGGUGAUGGGCCAAUGACUGUUUACUGGAGAAUCUUAACAGAAUAUGAAACUAAACCAUUGCCAUAUAUAGGUAUACUGUAUAUUCGUCAUUGUGUAAUACAAUCAAAGUUCCCUUUGGUAGAGUUUUAAAUGUACAGCAGAGAAAAUGUAUCAGGUUUUUUUCCAACUCUGAAGAAAAACAUUGUUGCAGGUGGAAGUUAUUUUAUUAUAGUGCAGUAUUUUAACUACAAUUCCUCUAGUCAUUUAAACUAGAACUUAUUGUUGCAUACAAAAUAUAUUUCUAGAAAACAACUGUCCUUUUGAGAAAUCUCUUUACUUAAUGAAAAUUGAAAACUUGAUUCUUUACCCUUUGACCCGGAUGUUUUCAACCCAGAGGAUGGAGAACCAUCCUAAAGGAGGACUGUGGGUAAUGUGAAACAGCCUCUUUAGAAUGGACUGCCUAGCUGCCUAUAUCACUGUGCCUGGCUUUGAGCCUGACCCAAGAUUACUGUUACAUAAGUUUGUGGUGAAACAUUCAAACCAUUUUUCAAGACAUUUACAACACUAUAAAAAUGUUGUCUCAAUGGUCUAAAAAGCAACUUUAUCUGUUACGUAGCUAAUUUCUCUAGCGAGGAGUGGUGGACUGUUAAACAGCUUGGCUUGACAAUGCCAACGGAUUAAAUGUACAGACCCAGUGUUCAGGCUAGAAUGGUUACCCCCGCUAUAAUAUCUCCCUAGACCCUGAACACCACUCCCUCACUAUUUAGUGCUAGAGAACAGAGACUGAUCCCAGGUCAGAUCCUUCCAACCUACCUGUUGAUAUAUUGCCUCGGAUUGGGUGGGUCAUGCUGGAAAAUGGUGUGUGUCAAAACGAGGAAAGUACUGUCUGAUGGAUUAUAGCAAUAAAUGUUGAUUAUGCAUCUGCUGCUAAA